GUCUAACAACCCUAAAGACAAGGGGACAGUAGAUGCUGCUGGACAGAAGCUUAGAGGAGAGGAAAGAAACCAUUGUUUAAUGUAAAACAAUCAUUGUAUUUUAUAAGCUUCUCCUGCAUUGACUGAGUACAACACCUUACUGUUGUCUCCACCAUGUUUCUGAGGUUUCAGCUUCUAUUACCCCAUUACUUCUUCACUCCUCUCCCUUUAACUGAGGUUACAAUAGCAUUCUCAGUCUCUCUCGCACUCUGUGUGUCUCUCUCUCUCUCUCUCUCUGCCUCCUUUCCUUCCUCAUUAAUUGGUAACACUGAACGAGACCCAACACGUCACUUUGCCUGUUCAGCGUUGCUUCCUGUUCACACUCUCUCUUCCCCCUCGCUCCAAAACUCAGCGCCGAUCCACAGAUUGCGGCAUGGGCGGACUAGUUGAUUCUGCGUGUACGUGUGUGUAGAUGUGUGACAGCGGAGUGUGUGAGGACAAGCCCCCCGCCCCCCCUGUCAGGAUGAGCAGCCAAGGAGGAGGACCCAAGGACUCACAGUCAGCCAAUCACAGCUCUCGGCCACUGCCGUCUGUACCUGAGGAGAGGAAGUCCAGAAACAAGAUCAUCUCAAUGUUUGCCUCAGAGAAAGGAGGCAGGAAGAAGGACCGGGACAAGGACAGGCCUGAGAUCUCCUCCCCGUCUGACUUUGAACACACCAUCCAUGUGGGCUUUGACGCGGUCACUGGAGAGUUCACUGGCAUGCCGGAGCAGUGGGCCCGUCUCCUUCAGACCUCCAACAUCAGCAAAUCAGAGCAGAAACAGAAUCCUCAGGCCGUCCUCGACAUCCUCAAGUUCUACGACUCCACCAGUGGGAAACAGAAAUACCUCAGUCUUUCCGCGUCAGAUAAAGACUCACAGUCGUCAGGCAAGCAGGGCACAGCGACCUCACCGACGGGCGGGAAGGGUGGAGACGACGACGAUGACGACGAUACACCACCUCCAAUUGUGGCACCGCGGCCAGAACACACAAAAUCAGUGUACACGAGGUCGGUGAUAGAUCCGAUCCCAGCUCCAGAGGGUGAUGCCGCCUCCAAGGCAGCCGACAGACAGAAGAAGAAUCGAGGAAAGAUGACCGAUGAGGAGAUCAUGGACAAACUCAGAACCAUUGUCAGUAUUGGAGAUCCUAAGAAGAAAUACACUCGCUACGAGAAGAUUGGCCAGGGGGCCUCAGGCACAGUUUACACAGCCAUAGAUGUUUCCACGGGUCAAGAGGUGGCCAUCAAACAGAUCAACUUGCAGAAGCAGCCAAAGAAAGAGCUGAUCAUCAACGAGAUCCUGGUCAUGAAGGAGCUGAAGAACCCCAACAUUGUCAACUUUGUAGAUAGUUUCCUCGUAGGAGACGAGCUUUUCGUGGUGAUGGAGUACCUGGCUGGUGGCUCCCUAACCGAUGUCGUGACGGAGACGUGCAUGGACGAGGCUCAGAUCGCAGCCGUCUGCAGGGAGGUCCUCCAGGCUCUGGAGUUUCUUCAUGCCAACCAGGUCAUCCACAGAGACAUCAAGAGUGACAACGUGCUGCUGGGGAUGGACGGAUCUGUCAAACUUACUGACUUCGGCUUCUGCGCCCAGAUCACACCAGAGCAGAGCAAACGCAGCACCAUGGUGGGGACCCCGUACUGGAUGGCUCCAGAGGUGGUGACCCGGAAAGCCUACGGACCCAAAGUGGACAUUUGGUCUCUGGGGAUCAUGGCGAUAGAGAUGGUGGAGGGAGAGCCUCCGUAUCUCAAUGAGAACCCUCUCAGGGCAUUGUAUUUAAUUGCCACCAAUGGGACUCCUGAGCUGCAGAGUCCAGAGAAGCUGUCCCCGGUCUUCCGAUCCUUCCUGUCCCGCUGUCUGGAGAUGGACGUGGAGAAACGAGGAUCAGGCAGAGAACUGCUCCAGCAUCCAUUCCUGAAGGUGGCCAAGCCUCUGUCCAGCCUCACUCCGCUCAUCCUGGCAGCCAAGGACGCCAUGAGGAGCAACCGCUAAAUCCCAGUCUCUAAAGACUAUAAAUGUUAAUGCCAUCGACAGCCGGACCAGCCAUCAUCAUCUAACGGGUCUACGUAUGACGACCAUCAGCGACCUUCUCAAAGAGUCACAAACUGCCUCUCCACUCUUUUCCAGUGUUUCUGUUCUGAUGCCAGAUGUUCCUCCUUUGUGCCUUGUUCUAAAGCUGCACACAGCCAUGAUGUGUUCUCCAUUUCUUGCAGCCAGAGCACGUGUGUGUGUGUUGUUGAUGAUGCACACUGGUUGCUACAGUGUGCAUCAUCAGGAAUGUCACCGCUGCAAAGGUUCACGACUCUUCGCACACCAAAGGCCAUAAAAAACAAAUGAUCUUAUCUCACAUCUAGGAAUGAAUAAAAGGGGAACUCUUAACGAUGCCAUGGAUUAAAUAAUAUAUAAUAUAAACUGAAUUUCUGUCUCUGCAGUGAUUGGUUGAUUGGUCUAGACCAGGGGUUCCCAACCUUUUUGAGGUUCAUGGACCAGACAUGAGCUAUGAUUUUAAUGAUCCAGGAGGUGGGCGUGUGAUACACUCCUAUGAAUCCAUACGUGACAUGAACAGCAAAAUGUUCUCAUUGUCGCACACUUUUACAUGCAUAAAAUCUUUUUUUAUAGGAACAUUUUCUGUCAAAGCUAAAUCAUCUCCCUUGAGAUAUGAAUGUAGUUUACCAUCUCCAGGAAAAUAAAUAACACAAAUUUUGUACAUAAAUGGCAAUGACAUCACAUCUCUUAGUUCCUGCUGGGUUUUCGUGGCCCCCGUACGGAGCGACCCAAGACCCAGUGCUGGUCCAUCAGCCAGAGGUUGGGAACCCCCUUGCUCGGAGCUAGUAUCAGGUCUUAAAGCAUGGACAGACACAGCUCAAUUUUUAGUUUAGAAAUAAGGGAACCUUGUUCAUCUUGAGAGAUGUCGAUGGAGAUGACUCUAUAGCUUUGGUGUGUGGAGAGACAGUGACCUUUGCAACUGAUGACUGGUCGUUGUUGCUAUGGUUAUACAUGUGUCAGGGUCUAAAAGUUGUGAAACUGGCAUGGAAAAACUAAAAUGUGCCAAUACUGUGCUGUACUGUGGCCCAGCAUCGGACAGUAUGAUCUUUGUUCAGGGGAAAAAAGCCAUACAAGUGUCCUUGUUUGACCCUGUAUCUCACUGAAAAUUAAACCAUUCCAGUAAAAGGAAUGGGACUCAAGUUUGUUUCUUGUCCAUGAAAAUGUCACCCCCCCCCCUUUUUUUUAAUAAUAGUACAGUCUCGUGUUUUUGUAAGUUGAGAGUUUCAGCCCCCUGCUGGCAGUUUUGGGUAUAACCAGGCACCAAAACACACUAUAUCAUUAAAGGUGCAAUAUGUAAAAAAAAAUUGGCCUCCUGUUAAAUUCAUGCUUGGAAACAAAAAGGGCAGCUCCUAAAUGCUGCUGACUGCAUUCUGUUUAACUGUAUUUACUGUUAGCUCAGUUAGCCACACAGCUACCACGUUGGUGUUAGCACCGUUAGCACAGGAGCAUCCAGCUGAAGCAUAACUUCAGAUAUGUCUGAAACACAAUAAAUAACAUCAUAACUCUUAUUUUUUUAAUUGAUACUCAAGAAAUGUGAUUCUUGUAAACAAAAAUUCUUACAAAUUGCACCUUUAAAAUGAGUCGUACUUCUGCUAUCAAACUUUCUUCAGGCUAAACUGUAAGAACCCAUCUGAACGCUGAUGGGAAAAAAUGCCUUGAACUCUCGAGCUUGUUGUCCCUAAAAGUCACAUUUGAAUUACUAUGAUGUUUUUCUUCUUCUGUUUGUCUUUAGCUGUGUGAGUACAGCACACAUUACUGUUUGAAAUUGUCUGUCUGUAUGUGUUGAACUGGAGGAAGACUUUUUGUAUAUUGUGUAUUGGUGAUUGUCCGGUAUUUUUUUUUUUAACGACUUUGAAAAAAGUAUGUAUAUCAUUGUUUUUAUAUUUGUAACUAACACAACAGAAGACAAAUUUGUGUUUUCAACUUGUUAUUGUGAACCAGUUCAUCCUCUGUUCCAUGAACUUUGCAUUUAUGAACUCAAACCAUAAAAAAUGUAUUGAUAAGCCUGAAAACACUCGAGCCAGACCUGAGUCAAGCAGUAUUUGGGAACGAUUGUUUGUUUGAACCUGCCUGGAGUACCACAUGUGAUUGGUUUACACCUAUGUUUUUUUCUACAAGUUUAGACAAUCACUGGAAAGCAUUUUAAAAAUGUGUAUUAAAUGUGCCUUUUUAGAACUACUCAUAUGGUACUCAACAGGUUGACACAAACACUGAGUACUGGCAAAUACUAUUAACAGGCUGGAAGACACAGUUAUGUGGCUUUUUAACCAGAACACACAUUCCAGUGUCACAUGUGAUAAGAAUUAUUGCAGACUUUAAAAUGAAUGUGUUGUGUUCAUCAUGAAACCGAAGACUUCUGGUGUUGCAUAAAAUUCAUACAGUGUGUAAAUUAUUAUUAAAGGUGGACCUAAAUAGG